UCACUCUGGUUUGAGGGAGCUGAGCCGCUGCUCUUUAAAGAUCAAGAUUGCACUGCCCCAGGCAGGAGGAGGGUACAGUGCAGCUGGGGCGUUACCUUCCUAUUAUUUAUAACCUGUGAAGGCAGAAGAAAAAAAUCAGAGUCUGCUUACUCAGAGGAGCAACAGGCAAUGGAAACCCAAUGUCAGAGUGUGAAGGUUAGUGAUGGCCACUUCAUUCCUAUCCUGGGAUUUGGAACCUAUGCACCUAAGGAGAGAGAAGCUCUGGAGUUCACCAAAUUCACUUUAGAGGUUGGGUUCCGCCACACUGACUGUACUCAUGCGUACAAAAAUGAAGAGCAUGUUGGCCAGGCCAUUCGAAGCAAGAUUGCCGAUGGCACUGUGAAGAGAGAAGACAUAUUCUACACUUCAAAGGGAACAGAGAUAAAAUUACAUAUGCUAAAGAAAAAUAACUGCAAAUCAAAUUACAACUGGAAACAUCAACCUCAAGUAAUGAUUAAAAAAAAAAAAAAUUCAACUCUCUCACAAGCUGUAACUGAAGAUCCUGCGUGCCCCAAUGAAGACCAAGUGCAGCCAAAUAAAUAUUAA